ACCUUCGCCCCGCCCGCCCUUCCUGUCCCGUCCUGGGCCGUUGCUGGGGUGGGUGGCAGAAGGAGCCGGCCCGGUAGUCCGCCCGCCCGGCGCCAUGCAGGGUCUCCGGCUGCCCCCGCUCGCCUGCUGGCGCCUCCUGCGCCUCGGCCCCCGCGCCCAGCGGUCCGGGGGGGUCUCUGCUUUGGGGCACCCCCCUCUGCAACCUCUCGGGACGAGGCUCUACGCGGCGCAGGCAGCUGAGGCAGUGCUGGAUAAAUCAGGGGCCCACGUGGCUUCUUCUCAAACUGCGUCGGAGAAGAAAUCGCUAGCAGCAGAGUCCAAGUCGUUCGCUGUGGGCAUGUUCAAGGGCCAAAUCAACACUGAGCAGGUCUUCCCUUUCCCCUCAGCCCUCAGUGAAGAACAAGCCCAGACGCUGCAGGAGCUUGUGGGGCCGGUCUCUCGCUUCUUUGAGGAGGUGAAUGACCCAGCUAAGAAUGACGUGUUGGAGCAGGUGGAAGAGCGGACGAUGCAAGGCCUGAAGGAACUCGGCGCAUUCGGCUUGCAGAUUCCAGUCCACCUGGGCGGGCUGGGCCUCAGCAAUACCCAGUAUGCCCGGCUGGUGGAAAUCGUGGGCAUGCACGACCUGGGAGUGGGCAUCACCCUUGGGGCACACCAGUCGAUCGGGUUCAAGGGAAUCCUUCUCUUCGGCACCCCAGAGCAGAAGGAAAAGUACCUUCCCAAACUCGCUUCUGGGGAGACCAUCGCCGCCUUCUGCCUCACGGAGCCUGCCAGCGGUUCGGACGCGGCCUCGAUCCGCACAACGGCUGAACUGAGCCCCUGUGGCACCUUCUACACUCUGAACGGGGGGAAGAUCUGGAUCAGCAAUGGCGGCAUUGCGGAGAUCUUCACGGUUUUUGCGAAGACGCCCCUGAAGGACGAGGCGACCGGCGAGGUGAAGGACAAGAUCACAGCGUUCAUCGUGGAACGAGCUUUCGGGGGCGUCACACAUGGCCCCCCCGAGAAGAAGAUGGGCAUCAAGGCAUCGAACACCGCAGAGGUCCACUUUGAUGCCGUCCGUGUCCCCGUGGAGAACGUCCUGGGAGCCCCCGGGGCUGGCUUCAAGGUCGCCAUGAAUAUCCUCAACAACGGGCGCUUCGGCAUGGCCGCCGCUCUGGCCGGCACCAUGCGCGGGGUCAUCAGCCAAGCGGUGGCUCAUGCGGCAAACCGGACCCAGUUUGGAGACAAGAUCUAUAACUUUGGAGCCAUCCAGGAGAAGCUGGCCCGCAUGGCGCUCCUGCAGUACGUCACAGAGUCCAUGGCUUACAUGAUCAGCGCCAACAUGGAUCAGGGAGCAUCGGACUUCCAGAUCGAAGCGGCCAUCAGCAAAAUCUUUGGCUCGGAGGCUGCGUGGACUGUCACCGACGAGUGUAUCCAACUCAUGGGCGGCAUGGGCUUCAUGAAGGACGCCGGGGUGGAGCGGGUGAUGAGAGACCUGCGUAUCUUCCGGAUCUUUGAGGGAACCAACGACAUCUUGAGGCUGUUUGUCGCACUGAACGGGUUCCAGAACGCCGGGAACCAGAUGCGUGGCCUACAAAAGGCCAUCAAGAACCCGCUGGGAAACGCAGGCCUCAUCGUCUCCGAGGUCAGCAAGCGGAUGCGCAGGAGAGCCGGUUUUGGAACAGGAAUUACACUGAGUGCUGUGGUGCACCCGAGCCUGAAUUCAAGUGCUGAACGGACUGUCCAGGCGAUCGACCUCUUUGCAGGGGCUGUGGAGGAGCAACUUCUGAAGCACGGCAAAAAGAUAAUUGAUGAGCAGUUUGUGCUGAAACGCAUUGCUGACGGCGCCAUCGACCUUUACGCCAUGGUGGUGGUUCUGUCCAGAGCUUCCCGGUCCCUGGAGCAGGGUCACCCCACAGCCCAGCACGAGAAGGUGCUUUGUGACACGUGGUGUACGGAGGCUGCGGACCGGGUCACUCAGAACCUGACGUCCCUGCGGGCCGACUCCACCCGGCAGCUCUUCAAGAACCUCCGGAGCAUCUCCAAGGCAGUGGUGGAGAACGAGGGGGUGGUCUCCCCGCACCCCCUGGGCAUCUGAAACGUGCCUGUGCUUUCUAGCAACCCGUUGCAAAACUAUUAGGGCCCGUUAAUCGGGGGGAGGGGCUCUUCUUCUUCCCUUUCUCCCCCCCCCCCCCAACCCCACAUCCGAAGAAGCUAGCAGCCCCUUUGGGGAAUAUACCUCUUUGCUCUGUAAAUGCCUUAAUGCGCCCCAGAGUGGGGGGAAUGUGGCAAGCCAUAGUUGCCGGCGCCCCGCUGGGCAGUUGCCCUUGGGGGGGCGUCUUCAAUUAAUCUGUAGAUCUGGCACAACUUGAAUGUAGCAUUUUGAAUCUGUCAACGGCGAGACUUUUCUGUCACCCCGGCUGUUAAGGAGGCUCGAGGCAGAAUUUUUCCAGUGGGAAUAACUCCAGGCGGCUCCUGAGCCCCCCCACGCCUCCCUGUGGCCUCUCGUGGCUGCCGGGUGACCGUGUUGAGCCACGCAAACAGCAGCAGCGGGUGCUCCGGUACUGACGACGGUGUUUUCUGUGAAUAAUUAAACUCAGUUACUUUGGCAAA